AUGGAGGAUGAUGAGACUGCAAGCUUGGAGAGCUCUCAAAUAAACCCACAAACCCCGCGCAAGGCCUUGAACUCAAGUGCCAGUCGCUCACACCAGCAACAAACCUCACAAAUAUCCAACAAAUACGGCAGUACUGCACAAGAAGAGAUAUCAGCGCCGCUGAGCACCCCGAUCCAGACUCCCCAGUCCAAUAGGAAGGCAGUGGUCAAGACUGGAGACGGUGCUCCUCCCAGCAGUGUUGUCACUGUAGUCAAGGAAGAGGAAUGGAGUGAAUUCGAGACGCAGCAGGACGAAAGCUUCUUGUUCCGUGCAAGGCCAAGGAACCAUGCCAUCAAUACCUUGAACUCAAGUCCCUUGAAGAGAAUCUCCUUCGGCCAAGGUUCUUCCGCCGCUUCCACUUCUUCGAGCGAGAGCGACUCCCAAGGCGAUGUCCAAGAUUUGGAGGGUGACACUUGCAUGGCAGACGACACUAAAGCUACUUCCCCAGGAUCCAGCGAGGAAGAUGGAGAUCAACAUUCCCCAGGGAAAGUUACAGCGCAAGGAGGGGAGAGCGGCGAGUUUAUAUCCGAGCCCCUGAGCAGUAGCAUAGCCCUCGACGCGAUGGAAAGCGACGUGUGUCCCACAAAAACGACAGACGCCGAAGUCCCAGAAAUGGCCGAGAACCUUGAUCAGCAUCUGCCAGUUGAGACGGUCGCAACAGCAGAAAUCGCGGAUUUGACAUCAAGCCAAGAGCCGACGAUCGUGGCAACUGCUGCAUCACAAGAGCAAGAAAGCCAGCGCAGUGCCGCAACCGCCGACGCCAGAAAUCCGGGCCACUUCACCAAAGGAACCAGCAAGCCAAACCUCUAG